AUGCUUUCUACAAACACUCCACCAAACGCGCGACCCAGGCCUCCAGCACAACUUAGGCGCAGUCAGAACAGUGCACUACGUUCAAAAGAUGCCCAGUCGCCGCCCCCUCCACCCUAUGAAAUAUCUUCCGUUGUUCCGGACGACGUUACACCCCUCCAUAGACGCCACCUCAGUGUCUGCUCGGUAUCCAGUACUGUUGACCCGUCCGUUAUUGCUACUGCUCAGAUGCUGGGACUCAACUUGGAAGGCGCAGCGGACCAGGACCGACUCCUAGAUGAGGAAUACAUACGAGACAAGAGUAAGGAGGAGUUGGAGAAGCUCCUUCUCAAAGCGGAGGCCGUGAUCCGCGCGCGUGAAAGAGGUGAGGACACCAACCCUGCCAGGGCAAGCUACUUAUCACGUGCACAGAAUUGA